AUGUACUUUUUUUCAAAUUAUUCAAGUACAACGGAUGGUAAUAAUAAAGCUGAACAAGUAAUGGUAGAGGCAUGUAAAAAAUUGUAUAAAAAUGGUGCAGAGCAAUUACAACGCAUAAAACAAUUUGAACGUCAGUGUACAUUCGAUCAAGCAGUCGAAAUUUAUACAGAUGAAUCAUUUAUGUAUAAAAUAAUAAAUCGAGCAUUACGUAAACUGCUAUCAUUUAAUGGAUUUUUAUCCACAUCAGUGAAUAGCACAGUAGCAAUAAAAUUUGCUAAACGUAAAUCAACAUUAUCCGUUCCCGUUUUAUUUGAAAUAGUUAUUAAUUAUUAUUAUUCAAGAUUAUCGACACGAGCUUAUGCUGAUAUAAGUCAAAUUAGUAAAUUUAAAAUUGAACAAGAGAUUCUGUUUGAUAUUGGAAAUGUAUUUCGAAUUGAUAGGAGUGCUUUUGAUCAACAUUUGAGUAUUUGGAAACUACGACUGAUUUUACGUAGUACGAAUGAACAGUCUUUACAACAGUUUGUUGAACAUGUUAGAAAUGAAGUUGGCCAAACAAAUCCAAUAACCAUGUUUGGUGAAUUAUUAAGACGAAUGGGUGAAUAUAAUAAAGCUGAAAGCCAUUAUUUACGAUUGUUAAGUGAUUCAUCAGCAUCAUGUGAUGAUCGACCUGCUCUACUAAAUGGUAUUGGCCUUGUUUAUAGUGAUAAAGGUCUGCAUCACAAUUCUAAAGCAGAAAGUUAUUAUUUGGAAGCAUUAGAAUUAUCAAGAACGAAAUCAGACGUAUCUCAUUGA